AUUUUUGAAGCGUUCUGUCAUAUUUAUUUCUUCAUUAAAUUGAGUGGUUUUCUAAAGAUUAAAAAAAAACCUUUACGUUUAAUUUUUUUUCAACUAAACUAUAGUUUCUGUAACCUGUGGAUAUUCUCGAAACGUUGUUUCAUGUUUAUUUUUCCAUUAACUAAUAUAGCAAUCCUUUUCUCUUCAUUCAGUCAAAGGCUGGCAGAUUAUAGACGGAGGAAGGUAAUCGUUGAAGAGGAGAUUUCUGCAGCAUCUGGAUUAGUAGAAUUGGAUCCUGAUGAUGAGGCAGUUCUAACUAAAAGGUUCAUUCUACAAUACGGAUUGAUGAAUUCUUUGAAACCCUGCACUGCUAUUCUAGAGGGUGGUAAUAAUGAUAGCAGUGAAUCACAGAAAAUGGAAAACCAAAAUACUGAAGAAAGACGACACACUGGAGAUUGUAUUGAAUUGAAGGAACUCUCAACAUCUUCUAAAAGACAACUGUACUCGAUGAAGAAACAGGUAUCUUUUGAUGCAAACCCAGAGGAACAUAUUUUUAUUGAUAAUGAGAUUGUGAAUACAAAGAACGGUAGCGAAGUGAAGAAGGAGAAGUUGGAAACCCUUCUAACAAUUAAUCCGAAGAGUUCCUCGGAAGUAACAGUAUCAAUACACUCUGAGGAACCUACAGCUCCAGAAAAAUCAACAACUACAAAGAUGAGUGUAUCUGAACCAGAUGAGGAUCUCAAGAUUGAACCUGGAGAUAUUAGGAAAAUUAGUAUAAUGUGGGGUCUGAGCUUUAUCUAUGGAAUACUAGAUGAACAGAUUAGUGGGAAAUCACCAAACUGUUUUAUAUCAGACAGUUUAGAGUCUAGGAUGCAUCAGGCGUCUAUUGUACUGAGUAUCGUGAUACCUCUCAUAUUAGGACCUUGUCUUGCAGUUAUCGGACAGAUAAUUCUUCUGAUCCUUGAGGUAACUUUAGAAAGAAGAAAAAUCACCACAAACAGUAGCUCGAGGGAAGAAUUUAGUUUUAGGAGUGGAGUGCUUGAUAUUCUACUAUGUGUACUACAUGCUUGUAGUUUCUCUGUACACCUGGGAUUGGCGGAUUAUCUGUAUCCAAACCAAAUAUCUUUAUUCCACUACACCCUGCUCAAAUAUAUCAUAGGAUACAGCUACCUUUUUCUCUUCCCAAUAAUACUCAUUAUCUUUCAAAAAGAUGUGGCUUCAUCUGUAGUACGAGUCUACCAUGAAACCUCAGCAUCUACAGAAUUAACGGAAUCUCAGAAAAUUCAAGAAAUUAUUGAAGAAAUGGCAAUUAAAUAAACUUAUAACUGUAUAAUAAAACACGUUGAACUAAAUCAAAUUAAACGUAGAAUUGAAAUCUUAUAAACCCUCUUAUUGAAGAGCUAUAAUUGAG